UAAGGUUAGAAACCAAAUAAGAUGCAUAUAAGUCAAUUACCGGGAGGUGCAAUUCAGUAUAUAGUGGAUUUACUACCAAGAGAUAUUCUUGAAAGAUUACUUGAAUUUGACAAUUGGGUUUCCCCAUACGCAUUCAAAAAGUAUUAUGCCAGAAUAAAGGUCAUUGAUAAUCCAUCCCAGUUUAACAAAUCCACCUCAUAUACGGGAGUUGAAAGACCUGAAAUUAUUCCACUUCUGUCUUUUACUCCAUAUUUCAAGGAUGAGCAAGAUAUCAGUGUGUUUGGAUCUUUAUUUUCUUUGUCCCAAUUUAUUAAAAAGAAUCCUGAGUUUAUUCCAACGGAAAUUACUUUGGAAACAUUGGCGUCGUUUGUUAGAUUAGCUUAUGAAUAUCAAUAUUUUUUAAAGCAGGUCAAAAGCAUUCGUCUAAUUCAACUUGAAGACCUGACACAAGAACAGGGUAUUGGAGGUGCCUUGGCGCAAUCAUUCAAGCUUCUCCAUCGUGUGUUCAACAACAUUGACUGUGAAGUCUUCAAGACAGCAAUACACCUCAGUCUUGAUGCAUUUGAUAUUCCUUCAAACGCAAGCCACGUUGACAUUCCCUCUGGUGAACUCCAGAAUUUUGAGGAAUUUUUUAAACAACAUUCUCAAAUUGUAAGUUUAGAGGUAAGUAACUUAUUGGAAGCGCCUACCGUUGUAUAUCCAAGUUCGUUGACCUAUGUGGGAUCUCUUAUACCUGCUUGUGUGCCUAAACUAAAGGUUAGAAUUGCUGAUUCAGUGCAAGUAUUAUCACUCUCUGGUCGCUCCUUUGAGAAACUUGGAAAUACAAUUGAUUUGGAAGCUUGUACGAAGUUAAAACAUUUUGAAUUGAGUCAGACGGUUAUGUCUAAAGAUUUCAGGAUUAUUUUAGCACCAAAUUUAGAGAGUUUAAGAUUGAAUGAUAUUACUUCUAGCUAUGGAUUGAGCUCUUUACUUGUUGGUCAGUUGCCAUUAAAAAGGAUAGACCUUAUUGGUUACUUUAGCAUGAAAUUCUACCAUGACUUCUUUUAUGAGUAUGAAUUUCCAGAAGCAUUGGAGGAAUUAUACUUUGAAAAUCUGAAUCUUUUAAUGGACUCGACUGAGUACUCCGAUGGUGUUCUUCCCCAUCCAUAUCUUAAUGAUGUAUUUGAUCUCCGGAUUAAUGAAAAAGUGAAAUUUCCCAAAGGUCUUAAAAUAUUACAUUUAAGUUGUCCCUUUACUGCUAUUGACUCAACUUGGAAGAUCCCUGAUACGAUUAAACGUUUGGUCUUGGCACAUAUUCUGUAUAUUGUUGAUUUUCCUGGACUUGUCUUGCCUUCCAGUCUUGAGAAUUUCUUUGUUGAGCCUAUUUAUGGAUUAAUUUCGGAAAAGACCACUAAUUCUGAUCUUAUCAGCUUCCCUGAUAGUCUUGUUUCGUUUACAUACUACGGAAAGCCAGUUGAGUAUUUCCAAACCAACCUUUUGGAAUUACCUAAUCUUAGAAAUUUGGUAUUUGCUAGUCACGGGCUCGAAGGUCACAGUGAACAAUUUUUCAUUAAUGGCAACAACAUCGGAAGUGUUGAUUUCCAAAACUUGCACAAUUUGCAAUCGUUUGAAUUAAACGAACUUCCUAAACUAGGUGAACUUUCAAUGAAUCUUCCAAAAUCAUUACGGAGAUUCAGAAUUGCCAUGUCGGAAAUGAAUGGGUUUUCUCAGUCAUUUGAAUUCCCUCCGUUGGAGAGUCUUAUCUUGGAGCAAAUUGGAAUUGAUCUUGACAUCCUUAACAAGUUGCCUUCAUCGGUGGAGCAUUUAGAGCUUUUAGAAUGUAAGGCAAAGAUGCCUGAACAUUUAGAUUUGAAUUUGCCCCAUUUGCGUUGUUUAGUUAUGAAUGAUUGUAACAUUGACAAAAAGACGUUUGAAUUGUUAAACUUGAAGAGAUUUACCAACUUGAAAGUUGUUGGGUUCCAAGAUAAUAAGAUAUCUGAAAUUGAUCUUGCUUUGUUCCCUCCCUCAGUCACGAAUUUGCUGGUUUACAAAAAUCAAGCUAAAAUAAUAUAUGGAGAAGAUGUUAAUCUUCCAAAUUUGAGAAACCUUGAGCUUUCAGAAAAUAAUAUGAUAAAGCAUUACGAAGAAGCUGAUAUCUCGGUAAAAUCAAAAUCUAAGUUUAUUGUUCCCGAAGGGAUUGAAUGGUUGAAAUUAAGAAAGUGCCUGAUUUCUAAUUUCGACUUUAUAGUAUGGCCAAAAGAAUUGGGUGCAAUAGCUUUGGAGAUGAAUCGUAUACGUGAUGAGAACAAUUCUAACAUUAUAGACUUGUGUAAACGAUAUGCCGGGGCAAAAUGUUUUGAUUCGAUUAGUACUACUGACAUCUGCGUAAGUUCGGGGAGGACUAAGAUGUUUCUAGAAUAUCAACAGAGGGGAAUAUUGAAAAAUGUGGAUAACUAUAGUUAAAGUAAAUAUUAUUAGUUCUUUAUCAUAUAUUUUUGAACCAAAUGUAUAUUAGUUUAACUUUUU